AUGGACGACUAUGUUAGCGAGUCUGAUAGUGACUACACGAGUUAUUGGCGUGACUGGUUCAUCUCAUCCCGUGGCAACGAGUACUUUUGCGAAAUCGACGAAGACUACCUCACCGACCGAUUCAACCUGACAGGUCUCAACACCGAGGUCCAGUACUACCAGUAUGCACUGGACCUGGUCACCGAUGUGUUUGACCUCGACUGCGACGACGAGAUGCGCGAGACGAUUGAGAAGUCGGCUCGGCAUCUGUACGGGCUCGUGCACGCGCGGUUCAUCGUCACGACGCGGGGGCUCACAAAGAUGCUGGACAAGUAUAAAAAGGCCGAGUUUGGGAAAUGCCCCCGGGUGAACUGCCACUCGCACCCGCUGCUGCCCAUGGGGCUGAGCGACGUGCCCAACGUCAAGCCCGUCAAGCUGUUCUGCGCGCGCUGCGAGGACAUUUACAACCCCAAGUCGAGCCGGCACGCGACCAUUGACGGCGCCUACUUCGGCACGUCUUUCCACAACAUCAUCUUCCAGGUGUACCCGGCGCUGAUCCCGACCAAGACCAUGGAGAGGUAUGUGCCGCGGGUGUAUGGGUUCAAGGUGCACGCCUCGGCGGCGCUGGUGCGGUGGCAGUGCGUCAGGAGGGACGAGAUGAGGAGGCGGCUGAGGAAGCUCGAGAUUGACUCUGGCUUUGGCGUCGAGGAGGAUGCCGACGACGACGACGACGAGGCCGACGAGGACCUAGAGUUUGAGGCCGUUGAUGGACGGGGCGUGAUGCCGAUAUGA